AUGGAGGCGCCGGCCGAACUGCUGGCCGCGCUGCCCGCGCUGGCCACCGCGCUGGCCCUGCUGCUCGCCUGGCUGCUGGUGAGGCGCGGGGCGGCCGCGAGCCCGGACCCCCCGGAGCCCGCGCCCCCGGAGCCCGCGCCCCCGGAGCCCGCGCCUCCGGCCGAAGCCAGCGUGAAACCCGCGCCGCCCGGACCCUGCGCCGCGGAGCCAGCGGCCGCGCCCGAGGGGCCGGGGGAGCCGGCGCCGCCUGACGAGCCCGAGGCGGCGCCGGCGGAGGCGGAGGAGCAGGCCGCCGAGGAGAGGCAGGAAGAGGAGCAGGAGCUGGACGGUGAGGAGGGUCCACCGCAAGCAGGGCCUGAGGAAGAAGACGGGGGUGAGGCCUUCUCCUUCAAAUACAGCCCUGGGAAGCUGCGGGGAAACCAGUACAAGAAGAUGAUGACCAAGGAGGAGCUGGAGGAGGAACAGAGAGUUCAGAAGGAACAGCUGGCUGCCAUCUUCAAGCUCAUGAAGGACAACAAGGAGACGUUUGGCGAGAUGUCCGAUGGUGAUGUGCAGGAGCAGCUCCGGCUCUACGACAUGUAG